AUGGCCCUCCUCGGUCGAGGAGCCAACGGUACCGUGUACCAAUUGACCCCCGUUAUUGCGGUCAAGGUCGCACGUACCGGGCUCUACGAGGAGACAGAUCAUCUCCACGAGCAAAAGGUUUUCGAGUUGCUGAAAAAGCAAGACCGAGCAAUACCUUUUCUGGUUGAGGGUUUCUACCGGACACCGUUGAACACGUUCCUAGAGCUUGCCGACGAGGGAAGCGUGGCUCAGCAUCUCAACCGGUAUCAAGAGCGGCUCGGUCCGCAGGUUCUUCGAGUCACAGAGCACCUUGAACCUCUGACGAUUCGACGGUGGAUGGCACAGUUGUGUCUCGCGGCUGCGGGACUUGAGAGAAUCGGUCUGACGCACGGAGACAUUCACCCGCACAACAUGCUCCUCGAUAAAGAGUAG